UUGUGCAAAGUAGCCACUAGCCAGGGUUUGAGGUCGAACAGAAGGGGUGUUUAUAGUAAAUUUGGGAAAUAAAAAUGCCGGACGAUUAUAAUAAAGAUGCGUACCCCGAACCCCCGCGUCGUACCCCCAUCGUGGAUAAGCAAACAACUCUUCCAAAUCCGGCUUUAAUCGCUUCCAAGCUCUUCUAUUAUUCUGUGGAUCUGCCAGUGACCGCUUUCAGAAAUGCUAUUGACGGCCUCAAGACCAAGAAUAAGAUCUACUACUACCAUCAGCAGUUUCGCCGUGUGCCAGAGCUGACCGAGUGCCAGGAAGGCGACUAUGCGUGCUAUUAUGAAGCUGAGAUGCAGUGGAGGAGAGAUCAUAAGGUGGACCAGGAGGUUGUGAAAAUCAUUGAGCAGCGUGCCCGUGCCUGCCAGCAGCGUGAGGGGCCCAGCCACAAGCAAAACUGUGCCAAGGAGCUUCAGCAGCUAAAGGAAGUGGCCAGAGGUUAUCAGUCACGCUAUGGGGAUCUUGGUGCAUAUGCCAGUGCAAGGAAAUGCUUAAUGAAGCAGAAAGAGAGAAUGAUGGCACAGGCUGAAACGUCAUAAACUGUUCAUGUCAUUUGGCUUUGUCCUUGUGUGUAUUAAUGUGUAAAAUAAAUACAUUUAUUGGAAAA